AGUAUUUAUUGGAUUUGACGAAAAUGUCAUUUGAAAUUUAAAUCAAAAAAACUUUAAAAACAAAUUAUAAAAUAAAAACGUUCAUGUAGAAGGGUAACUUAUACUUUAUGACUAAAUUGAAAGAGAAUCAUGAACAAAGACCGGCUCAUAAACCGCCCAACCCAAUUUUUCCUAUUAUUGCUGGCGGUUGCUCGAGUAUUGUGGAUGCGUUGCUGAUGCAGCCAUUGGAUGUGAUCACGACUCGACUGCAACUGCAGAGCGAUAUGGUCAUAGGGGGUCAUCACUAUACGGGCAUGUUGGAUGCCUUCAAGACAAUGUAUCGCGAGGAAGGCAUCACAUCAUUCUGGAAAGGCCUAGUGCCCGUUUUACUGGUUGACACACCAAGGCGAACAAUUAAGUUUCUGGUCUUUGAGCAAUCCAAGCAGUAUUUCAUGUUUGGUGAGAAGCAUCCGACGCCCUUGACUUACUUUUUAGCUGGCGGAUCGGGGGGCAUGGUGGAAGCCAUUGUUCAAAACCCUUUCGAAGUAGUCAAGGUUUCACAGCAGGCAAGUCACCAGCCAGUUCACACGAUGCAGAUGGCAAGAACUAUAAUUCGAAAUGAAGGCUUCGGCUUUCGGGGACUGUACAAGGGCAUGUCAACGACGGUGACUCGAAAUUUUAUUUUUAAUGCCAUAUAUUUUGGAAUCUAUUGGACAGUUCGAGAUGCAACGCCCACCUAUAAAAAUGCUUUUUACGACUUUUUGCGCACUGUUGCAAUCGCUUGUGCGGCCAGCUUAUUUGGCUGUGUGGCAAGUCUUCCCCUAGACGCGGUAAAGACGAGAAUACAAGGACCACAGCCGGUGCCGGGUAAAAUCAAAUACAGGAGCACGUUCCAGACUCUUUAUACAAUAUCUAAAGAAGAGGGCUGGACGACAUUAUACAAGGGCCUACUUCCGGUGGUGCUACGAAUGGUGCCUGGCGGAGCUAUUUUGCUCAUAGGUUACGAGUUCAUCAACAAGCUGUUAGUGCUAAAGUUCAGCCAAUAAACAUUAACUAAAUUCAAUAAA